UUUUGGAAAGACAAGCUAUACCUCAUCAUUGAUGAGAAGUCCAUGCUAUCUCGCAAGUUCUUGGUGAAAAUAUCUGCAUAUGUUGCGAAAGGAAAGUCUUUGGCUGAUUUUCACCAAUUUCCACCAGUAGCAGUGAAAAAGAGUGCGGCUCUGUAUUAUCCUUGCGAUUCAUCAAAAGACACUGCGGAGGAAAUGCUGGGUCGGAAAAUUUAUGAGCAAUUUACAACUGUUGUUUGUCUCAAGGAACAAAUUCGUGUUACCGAUCCAGAAUGGAAUGAUCUUUUGCAUCAUAUCCGGCAUAGCAGUUGUUGCAGUCACCAUGUUCAGCUGCUCUGCUCACUUGUUCUAACAAAUCCUCAUUGUCCACCAACUGACUUCAAUUCUCCUCCAUGGAAUGACGCAGUCUUGAUUACGCCUUGCAAUGCAGUACGUCGCCAGUGGAACUUGAAUAUGACAAAGAAUCAUUGCCAAAGGAGUGGAAAUCGACUUUUUGUGUGCAAGGCAAAAGAUACCAUUCAAGGGCGGGAGUUGACAUUGAUGAAGAGAUACGCAGUCGCAACAAAGCCCAGUGGGAGAAAUGCUAAACAAGACGAACGAGCAGCUUUGCCAAAUGUUAUCAAACUUGCAGUUGGAGUGAAGGUCAUGGUCACCUUCAAUGUCGACACAGAGCUCAAUGUUGCAAAUGGAGCAUGA